ACUGAUAAACAAAAACAGACCUGGAGUUAUAGUAUGAACCGUACAUCAUGACAUCAGUACCAUAGUCAAAAACCAAAAACAGUUUUGACUUUUUAAAUGAAGAUUUUUCCCUUUUUUUUCUUAACUACUACAAAGCCUUUCAAAUCCAGUAUGAGGGUGUAGUACUUCUUGUGACCACUGCAUGACAUUAUGACACUAAGCCGCAGGCUCUAUAUGUUGUAAAUGACCAUAAAUGGAAAACCUUGAGUUCUAUUCCCACACACACACACACCAUGAGGCCGCUGUGCUGGUUUGUCAUCUGGAAACAAUCAGGCCUGAGUAGUGGUAGAACCCCCCAGAACCCCAGAGGAGAUCGUGAAACUCUGCAUGAACUUCUUUGCUGUGUUGAAGAAUGAAGUGCUGCAAAACAUCCAGUUUGGAUCGUUUGGAUUCUGCUCCUCAAAAGUUACCCUUUUUUUCCUGAAGUCAUACCACUAUAUUUUGUUUGAGUGUGAGGCAUCUUCUGCCCCACACGGGGGUGGCAGAGUUUCACUUUUGGUCUGACCAAAACCUGGUCUGAGACCAAAACCUGGUCUGAGACCAAAACCUGUUUUUUUUGUUUUUCUGUUUUAUGGACCACAGAGGGUUAAGUCACUGAUGACGCUUAAUAAAACAGUCAACUUAUGCUCCUCUGUCUCCAUCUAGAGGACAUAAAGAAAAUAGGACGGGGUGUGUCCUCGCUGUACAUAUAAAAGACAGUGAGGUUCAUUAUCAAAACCACCUGGACCUUGUUGUCUAGUUGUUCUUAUCUCUGUGGUGCCUUCAGGUUCCACCAGAACGUCCUGGAGAAACAGACCCUGUUGAACAGUCAAAGGUUUCAGUGUUUUUCUGUCCAUCAUGUUUAAGUACCAGCUGCAGGUGACCACGGGCCAACAGUCGUUCGGAGGAACCUACGAUUACGUUUUUCUCACUUUAAUUGGAAAGGAGGGAGAGAGUGAGCGGACGGAGCUGAAAACCUGCUUCGGCUUCAGAGCUGGGACCACAGAAGAUUUCACCGUUAAAACGACUUCAUCUCUGGGCGAACUUCUGCUCAUCAGAGUGGAGAAGGAUCCGUUCCUGGUUUUCCCAGAAGACGAGUGGUACUGUUCCACUAUAGUGGUGAGGACGGAGGGGGGAGAGGUCCUCGUCUUCCCCUGUUACAGGUGGAUCUGCAGGGGGGACAAGGUGGAACUGAGAGGAGGAAGAGCCUUGAAGGUUUCUGAAGAAGACCACGAUCUGUUGACGGAGCAUCGGCAAAAAGAGCUGACGUUCAGGAAGAGCCUGUACCAAUGGGACGUCCUGGUUGAAGGACUGCCCCACAGAGGCAGGUUCGAUGAUGUUUCCCAACUCCCAACUGAAGUCCACCUUUCUGCAGCCAAGGCCAAUGAACUGUCUCACGAGAGAUUCCUGGUGGCCAUGGAACUCAAGUUAAAGGGAAUAAUUGGCUCCAAGGAAUCCUGGGAGAGCAUCGAUGACAUGGCAAACAUCUACUGGACAAACCGGACGCCGAUGUCUGGUAUUUCUUUACAAAUUAAAUUAUUAAUUUUUAUUUCAUCAAUGCUCCAAAGAAAUGUGGUUAUCUGGUGUCCUCCUGUGAACUCUACACUGAACAGGUCUUUCUGGUUCAUGCUGACACAUGAAACCGAGUGGAUGGAUGGGUGGAUCAACUUCAACUUUUUCUUUUUUUUCUUUUUUAAUAGAUUUGUGAGAGCGGUGGUCGAGCACUAUUAUCCAACAGACAGUGAGGUCUGUGCAGACACUGAGCUUCAGGACUGGAUCAACGACAUAUUCACACAUGGCUUUCUGGGAAACAAAGCCUCAGGAAUACCAGACCGCUUCAGUACUCCAGAGGAAGUCACCAGAUUCAUCACCAUGGCGAUCUUCACCACCACAGCCCAGCACGCCGCCGUCAACAGUGGACAGUUCGACUACAGCUUCUUCUUACCCAAUGCACCACCCCUGAUGCGCAAACCUCCUCCAACCACUAAGGGGCAGUCAAACAUGAAGAUGAUUCUGGAGACCCUUCCAAACCGUGGUGAUACCGCCAAAUCUGUGAUGAUGUUGUGGGUCCUUUCACAGAGAUACUCAACCUUUGUUCCACUGGGUCAUUACCCUGAACGAUUCAGCGAGCCUGCAGUCAAAAAGAUGAUUGAGCAGUUUCAGGCAGAGCUGUCUGACAUCAGUGAAGCCAUAAGUGCAAGGAACUCAGGACUGGACAGGCCCUACACAUACCUGGACCCUGCACAUAUAGAGAACAGCAUUGCCACUUAAGGCAGAAGAGAUCACUGAUAAUCAGGGCUGUCCGAUAUUUGCAUAAUUAUGUAAUAUCUGUGAAAAUGGUUACUGGUUUUACCUCCGAUGUUGAAAACACAAUAACGCAAUGCCUGCAUUUUGGGAAAUGAUGUUUGCUCUAAAAACAGUUCAAUGUUUCUUUGGUUAAAGGUUCCUCAGUGCUCUGAAGAACCUUUAGUGAAACACAAUUGCAGUAAUUCCUUCUAAACUUAUUGCUCUGAACCCAGCUUCUCCAAAAAUGCCUCCUCCUCCUCUCACCCCUCCUCACUCCCCCCCACACUAAUAACUGUUAUUAUCAACGAUAAACAAGUCUCCAGUCGGUAGAUGGCAGCAUUGUAGCUUAUUUUAUUAAUCCAUGAGUGCCAGCAACUCAUACAGUGGUUUGUACUGACAAAUAAAUAAAUA